AUGUCUGACAGAUCCCGAACUAUCAGCCUUAGAAAAUAACAGAUAUUAGAAAAAAUUCAAUAUAAUUUCCAAAAAAUCGAUCCUGCUUUCCAAGUAAAAUACUUUAUUGGGGAAAAUUCAAAUUUAGUUGAAUAUUAAAUGAACAAAUGGAAUCGGCAAAGCAGACAAAAAACUGUUUAUGAGUAAUAAAUAGAGAGAGCAAUAAAAACAUUACGUCAUCCAUUUAAACUAGAAAGUUAUGUUGAUAAACCAUAAUUCAUUACUCCUAAUUCAGAUAAGAAUCAUAAAGAGAUUAAAUAAAAUGAAGAAAAAACCUAGAUUACAAAAUCACCAAUAAAAGAAGAAACAUUAAUAAGAAAUUGUAUUGCUACACCAUCAAGUCCAUUAAAGUUAUUUAUUAUUUUAUAUAGGAAGCUGUUCACCUAAUAUUAAGAUUUAGUAAAAGUUUAAUAUAUUACAUCUUCUGAACAGAUGAAAAAGCUAAUUCAAUAAUAUUCAGAUUCUGAAAAACCAAUUUCAUCUUCUAGAAUCCCAGAAUUCACUCCAUCAAGAUAGAUAAACUUAAAACGAAAAAAAAAGGGAAUAAAUUAAUUUUCUUUGAUUUCUCCAUCUCCUAUUCCUAGAAAUCGAGAACAUUUAUUAUAAAAAAACACUAAUAAUUUAAUUCUGUUAGAUGAACUCUAAGAUGAUUUAGAGAGUUUUAGAAAAUCAUUAGGAGAAAUGUAGAAAUUUAAAAAUUUAUUCCCAAAAAGAUAAUAAAAGAAAUCUAAAUAUGACUUUUUAUUUUGA